AUGUUUGGGAGUCAAUUUGAUUACUUGAAACUCAAACCAAGAACAGUUGAAGAGAUACACCAUGAAGAUGGUUAUAUAAAAGAAGGUAUUGAAAGGACAGCAACUAGAAGGAUCUUUUAAUCAGUCGAAUAUGAUCAUUUCGAAAAGAAAUAAAUUCAACAAUUCAAAGAUAUCAUUAGAGGAGCAAACAUAAGUGUGAGUUCUGACGAUGUACUAUUAAGAUUUCUUUAUGCAGGAUAUUUCAAUAUGACUAAUUGUCUAGAAGUAUUUUAAAUUCCAUCACAAUUAGUUAUAUAAACGACAUAUAUAUUGGCUGAAUACAAGUCGUCUGUCUAAUAUCCCANCUGA